AGAUGCCAAAAGAUUCGCUUGAAAUGUUGUCUUUUAUAUUACUAAUAAUAGCAAUGCUGCUUAAUGCAGUUGCAGGAGCAGCCGAGCCAGAAAAGCACGUUAUUUGCUAUCAGGGAACGUGGAGCGUUUAUCGGCCCGGUGAGGGUAAGUUUGGUGUGGAGGACAUUGAUCCGUUUCUAUGCACCCACUUGGUGUACGCUUUCCUCGGCAUCAAUGAGACUGGCGAGCUGCGCAUCAUUGAUCCCUAUCUGGAUCUGGAGGAUAAUGGUGGCCGUGGCAAUAUUAAGAAAUUCAAUGCGCUCAAAUUGAAGAAUCCGACACUGAAAACACUUGUUGCCGUUGGCGGUUGGAAUGAGGGCUCCCAGCACUUCUCGAUCGUAGCCAGCGAUGCGGAGAAACGUGCUCGCUUCAUCGAGCAGACCGUUCAGUUUAUACAGCGUCAUGGUUUCGAUGGAAUUGACUUGGACUGGGAAUAUCCUGGACAGCGUCACAAGUCCUCUGAGAGUAAUGACCGCGAGAAUUAUAUAACCCUGCUCAAGGAACUCAAGGAGGGACUGGAUCCGUUUGGUUACAUGCUUAGCGCUGCCGUAGGAUCAGCUGAGUUUUCGGCUGAGAUAUCCUAUGAUAUACCCGCCAUAUCGCAGUAUCUGGAUUUGAUUAACGUUAUGGCCUAUGAUCUACACGGUUCUUGGGAUGCGACAGUGGGCAUAAAUGCACCCCUCUACGCUGGAGCAAAAGAUGCAACGAAACGGGAGCGCCAGCUGAAUGUGGAUGCUGUUGUUAAAUAUUGGUUAGGUGCCGGAGCACCGCCAGAAAAACUGCAUCUCGGCGUGCCGUUUUACGGACGCACCUUCACUCUGGCCACAGCCGCGGAUCAUCUGCCAGGAGCUGCACACAUUGGUCGCGGCAUUGCGGGACCAUUCUCGAGGGAGCCUGGUGUCCUGGGCUACAACGAGUUGUGCGGCCUCAUGCAAAAGGAGCAAUGGACGCAGGAGUGGGACGAAGAGCAGCAGGUGCCCUACGCAUACAAAGAUCGCCAGUGGGUGGGCUACGAGAACGAGCGCAGCCUGCAACUGAAAGCACAGUAUGCCAUGGAGCAGAAGCUAGGCGGCAUUAUGAUCUGGUCACUGGAAUCCGAUGAUUUCCGAGGCAACUGCGAUGGCAACAAGACUCGUUAUACCCUGCUGCACGAAAUCAAUCGGGUGCUCUUUGACCGGGAGACUCCAACUGGGCUGGUGAACACAGAGCGACAAAGCGCAAUUGAGGAUUAUAGUUGCCCAGCGGAUGUGGGCUAUGUGCGAGAUGCACACAACUGUUCCAAGUUCUACUACUGCAAUGCUGGCACCACUUUCAAGUUCAAUUGUCCCACAGGUCUCCAGUUCGACUACAGCUCGAAUAGCUGCAACUAUGUCAAUAUAGUAAAGUGCUGAAACCCAUUUAACACCAGGGUUUACACGAAAAAUUU